UGUGGGAGAGCGAGUGUGGCUACACAGGUUGACACAAAGCUGCAGUAACAGUCACAGUAAAGCGUCAUGGGAGCUACUACUUGGCUGGUCUUAACUUGGGUGUUGGUCGCUCUGGCCUCCAUUACUGUCUACGGGAAACGCCAAAAAGUGGUGCAGCAAGAACCCUCACAGCUGGCUCGGCAGGCGUCCCCAUUGAAGGGCCAGGGUAUGACUUGUCUUGAUGCUGGAGGAGAGUGUCUACUCACCCACAGUUGGUGCCACUUUCCUCUACCAUACUUCGAUGACUGUUCCCACCCCACUGCCAUUUGCUGCCAUCGAAGAAUGGAGAAGGGAAAGAGGAAGAAGAAAGGAGACAUAGAGAUCACCAAGAAUGUUGUGGCUGAGAGAGAAAACGGACGUGAGAAUAGUGACACUGAACCUCCUGGGAAAAUAAAACAAAGGAAAACUGGAAGCAGAAUUAAGGAACAAAUGAAAGUAAGAGGUGGACGUCGUGAUAGAAAUAAUAAUCUUGACUAUCAAAUAAAAACCAGGAAGAGUCAAGGAGGCAAGAAAAUAAAUAAUAAAAGGAAAAAGGGAAAUAAAAAGAGUGUAAUCAAGACGAAGGAAAACACUGAAUAUGGUGAAGAAAUAAGAAAGUUUAAAAAGACGAAUGAAGGAAAGAUGAAAAAAGACAGAAGAGUUAAUAGGAAAAUUAAGAAAGAUAUUAAGAAAUACUGGAUAAAGAAUAAAAACAAUAUUAUCAGGAAAGAAAAAGAGAAGAGUGCAAAAAUGACUCAGAGUUUUCCAGAUUUUCACGGGAUAGUCGACAUUAAUUCAAGAAAAGGAGAGAAGAAAGAAAAAAAGUGGAUGAGAAAAGGCGAUGAAAUAUAUAGACAACAUAAAUUUAAAAAAUCAGAAAAGAAAGAACGUCUUCAAAAAAGUAAGAAGAAAAAUGUCAAGAAAAAAAUAUCGAACGAAAACAAGUCCCAUAGAGACAGCGACAAGGAUAAAGAAGGGAAGAAAAUACACAAGGAGAGGAAGAGAACUAUCGGAAAGUCUAGUAGACACAGCAACAGUUGGAGACGCAAGAAGAUCAAAGAGAAAAAAGGCCCCGGUGGGAAGGUUGGUGGACAGCCUGGCAGAGACCCCUACGACCGGGCACACAAGGCAAUGACACACUGGAAAGGCCUCAGUAGAAAAACUGGCGGCAAACCCUGCAGGAACUGCAAAAGAAUAAGUCACAAUUGGAAUAAACUCGACGAGAAGAAAGCCGAAAAGGAAUCCAGAAAGAGCAAAUCGAAAUCCCACGACAGAAGGAAAAGUAGUGGGAAAACUGACUUAGUUAAGAAGAAGAGGAUGAAGGUGAGAAGGAAGAAGACUCAUAACAAAGGACAUUCCAUAGAGAAAGAAUCCAGUCAUGAAGACGACUACUGCAUGAAACAAGUGAAAGCUUGCCAGAGGUUCGGCGGCAGCUGCCUGGGCAAGGGCAAGAAAUGUAAGCACAUCUUAAAGACGUUUCGGUUCGGUUCCUGCCAUCCUUGCAAGUGUUGUAAAAACACUUGUAAAGCGAAAAAGAAAUGCAGGAUUGUUGGCGGAUCCUGCAGAAAGUCUUGUGUGAAGGAAGAAAGGGAGGUGAAGAAAGGCUGCAAAGGUGGAAAAUGCAAGUGUUGCGCACCAGAGUGUUACGUCGACAAGAAGUGUAAGAAGAAAGGAGGCACCUGCAAAAAACAGUGUUCAUCGGGUGAGCAGAGGAUCAAGAAGGGUUGUCGACAAGCUGACUGUCGUUGCUGUGUUCCUUCUCACAGCUGCAGUGCGAAGAAGUGUAAGCAGCAGGGAGGUGUGUGCAAGACGAGAUGCUCUGACGAUGAUAAAAGGAACAGUAAAGGUUGCCGGGGCUCAAACUGCCAUUGCUGCGUUAAAACACGGUAUGGAAUACCUUCACCAAAGACACAGGGAGGAAAGAUCUUCUGCAUGUUCUACAGUUUGAUCGGCUGCUCUUCUGGCAUCCUCUUCUUCAACCACUUUCUUGAGAGGAUCACAAUGAUCCUCGCCUUCAUUCUGAGGGGGCGGCAGAGGUGGCAGGAGCAAAAAAGAGCCAAGAUAGAGGCUAAAAAGGCAAGGAAGGCUGGGAAAGGUAAAAUUAACCGGUCAAGAUGGACAGAUCCCGAUCAAGAAGACCUGGAUCUGAAUGCCUAUAAGCCUUCAAUAUACUGGAACUUACUCGUCCUCUCCAUCCUCUCUGUUGUUGUCUCCGCUUUCGGUGCCUUUAUUUAUAUGGAGGUAGAGGGAUGGACGUACCUCGACUCCCUCUACUACUGUUUUGUCUCAUUCUCCACCCUCGGCUUUGGAGACUUUAUCUCUGUUGAGGAACUCAACGAAUCUUAUGGGCCUGGCCUGUAUGCUUAUAGCUUCUUCAAUGUGGUGAUGCUAGUGAUGGGUGGAUGCUGUAUUUAUUCUUUCUUCAAUAUUAUGACUACCAUCAUCACAAAGUUUCUUGAUUUUAUUAUUAAGAGAACAGUGUCAUGUUGUGACAGGGAGCAGCACACGCCCACCCAUGAGUCCAGCAAGCAUCUUAUCUCCGUCGCUGAAGCGCAGAAGGAGCAUAUCAGGAGACAGAAAGGUGACAUAGAUGAUAUCUACCACAGAGAGAAGAGGGAGCAUAUAUCAGUAAAGAAGGUGAGAGUGAAGUACUAUGAUGAAGAACUUCAUGAAUUGGUGACUUUUGACCUUCGGCACAACAACAUUAAUAUAAUGAAUCUUUGGAUGACUAAUAAGAGACUUGAACUACUUCAAUGUCUCUCCCCGUAA